ACAGCUUCGCGCGGCGACGUUCAGUCUCGUCCGUCGCAAUCCAGUGCAGAUAUACGUGCAAUUACCCUGUCAACAGUGCUUAAAAUCCACCGUUCGUGCUCGUGUCGCGCUCAUUGAUACACACAGUGAUCGAUAACGCUCGCCGACGAAUCGUCCGCGAUCGCUCUACAUCGCGAUCGACACGUGGAAGAAAAGAUAAAGAAAAAAAAAAAAAAAACCAAACUCGGGGAACGAAAGUGACAGUCGUGAGGCAGGUUUCUGAAUCACGCGGGUGCGCGCGAAGAAAUAAACUCGUUACCCGAUGAUUUGAAUUCGACCGGCUCCUCCGUCGCGAAGGAAGUAGCGGAGGGGGUUGCUUUGACGUGUUUUCACGGAGUCUCACGGAGGGUGAAUCCGCGGCGCGCGUCAGUACGAUUGGGCCGCGCGCUCAGGCAGUUAGAAGUGUGGUAACCUUGCCUUGAGGACAUCGCCCGAUAUUGUUGUUGAUACAUCUGUAAUUGCGACGACUCUUCCGAAACGAUCGAACCGACGAAAAGAGAGAGAAAGCAAAGGUGCCCUUUGAACGGACAGAUGUGGUGCCGGGUAAUUUCGCACGCGACCUGACUGCCGCGCGAGAGUGGUGUUUCUCAGUGUGUCUGUGAGUCCCGCGAGUGGUGAUCGCCGAGGAAUCGUCGAGCUUUUUCAUACGCGACGUCGAGAUGAAGACUUGCCACCUGUGGCUAGAAGCGACCGUCGCUUUCCUCGUGAUAGCAGGUGCGAGCUGCCUGCGGAAGGUCAGCCUAGAGGUGGUUCCGGAGGUGGUGCAACGUGGCGAGAAGGUGAUUCUGCGGUGCCAUUAUGAUCUGGAGAAUGCGCCACUCUACUCUCUCAAGUGGUAUCGGGGCAGACACGAGUUCUACCGAUUCUCUCCCACCGAGGAAGCAUCUACCAAGAUCUUCAACAUUUCCGGGAUUAAUGUCGACCCCGACAACUCGAACAAGAGCCAGGUAACGCUUCGCAAUGUCGACUUCGGCCUCUCGGGUACAUUCAUCUGCGAAGUUACGGCAGACGCGCCGACCUUCUCCACGGCCUCCGCCUCGAAGAAUCUCACCGUAGUAUCUCUGCCCCGUGAAGAGCCCGUUAUCGUAUCGGAACGCGAACGCUACGACCCAGGAGACAUGUUAAGGGCAAAUUGCAGCUUGCCACCUUCGAAGCCGCCGGUUCACCUCUCGUUCACGCUGAACAGCAUACCGGUGGAGACGACCACGAGGCAACAGCGAACGAAAGACGACGAGGGGAUGCAGUGGAGCGAGAUCAGUCUUACUCUUCAGCCGUUCCAUUACACGAACGGCCGUUUGAAUCUACGUUGCAUCGCGCAGAUACCCGGCAUCUUCUCGAAGCAGAGCGAGCUCCAUCUCGUCUCGGGUAUGCGUGAGCCCGUGCCCGAAAGAGUAACCUCAGAGAACGGAAGCGGCACGCACACGAUGACGUUUGUGACAAUACUCUGCCUGGGCAUGCUCCAUCUGCUUCUGAGAUAGUCACGGCACGCCUGAGACCACGAAAGGGGAGCUCACGGGCGUCGCAUGAUAAAUAGCACACUAGUCAGCGGGAGAAGGGGCUGGAGGAAGAGACGAUGGAGGCAGGGUUUAAGGACCGCGUAUGGACGGCGCAGAAACAAAUAAUAUUAUUAAACCGAUAAAUGACUACUUAAGUGUUUCCUCUUUUUUUUUUCUCUCUCUCUAGUGCAUCGAUUUGUGUUCUUUUUUUUUCUUCUCUCUCUCUGAACGGGUCAGGAUCGUGAAUUCUGCAUGUUCCCUGUUUUCGUUGCCGUCGACGGCGCGGCCUUAAUUUUCGGCUUAAUGAACCAUUUUGAGCACUGCCACGGUGAUCAGAAUCAAAAGGAACGCGGACGCGUUUAACAUGUGAUAUGCCAUUUAUGCCGACCGCGAGAUCGUCGUUUAUAUAUUUUACAAUCGCGUCUCUCUUCUCGUAUAGCUCGUUACUUUGUAAGACGCGCCGAUACGCACGGAUUGUUUCUCGUCGUUUUGUCUUUUCGAUAUACGGACAGAUAGGAGAGAAUGGCAAUGCGCGCGUUGCCCAGUCAAGGGUUAACGUGCGUCCCGGAUUGAAUCGUGACCGGUGGAGAGAUAGAUAAUCGGAUAAAGCAUCGCCGUAGCCAAAUCCGCCGUUGGGAGAUCGCGUUGCGAUGCGCUUUAUAUGACACGGAGAAUCGAAACAGGGAAGCGUAGCCAAUUAGUUGCGUCCGAUUACCGCUCUGACGCUCAAUUUGAUAUUUGACGAAUAAUGAACAAAAGGGAUUUGCCCAAGAGUAGAGUGACAGCAGAAGAAGAAGGAAAGGGAAUAGUACUUUGAAGUCGGUUGCACGUAUACGUCUAUAGGUGCUUCAACCCGCCUCUGAAAGAUUUGCGAUCCUUGCUGCGAGAGAAAUAGUAUGUAUGAGAGAGAGAGAGAGAGAGAGAGAGAGAGAGAGAGAGAGAGAGUAAGAUAUAUUCUCUUCCGCUAUCACUGGCGCAAAGAGAGCUAUGCUGUUAGAGAUCGCACAAAGGAAGAGGCAUGGAUAAAGCAGUGCGAAAAGUUUUCGCAUAUCGAGAGAGAAAGAGAGCGUGGACUUUCCCGCGUUCCGCGAGAUCGUAUCUUCUCUUGUAUACCCAACAACGCGCUCGAUGCGAGCUCGAAUAUCUCCCCGUGUUCUCGCUAAGGAUGAGCACAACCGUCAUGCGGUUCGAGUCCAUUCGUCCAUUGUCCAAACAAACGCUCCCGGGCUCGAUCGCGUAGGCGGAUCAAUGUCGCGAGUUUCGGAGCAAAGGGCUCUGAACGUGCGCGCGGAAGCAGACUGUUUCCUUUUUUUUUUGUUUUUUUUCCUAAAUUCUCGUUUUUCGCGUUCUACAUACAUGGAGUGCAAUAACAUGCUGAUUACUAUUGUUGCGGAAACGACGGAAGAACGCGAUUGUAGACGAGGCGUGUAUUUACGCCGAUUGUUAUUGCUCGACUGCGUAUGGUUUGCUCUAUAAAGGGAUUCACUGCUCGAUCGAGGUUCUUUAAUGAUACCGUGCCAAAGAGAUAUCUCGAUCGGAUCGUUCUCCUGAUCGUGGCUCCUCGGUAUCCUUUCAAUGUUCUGUCCUCGUCGCUGCUUUAACGCUCUUCCUUCGUGAAAAUGUUUAAACUGGAUGACACCGUUUUACCGAUCUCCGACAUCCGCCGGAUCCUUGUGUUAAAGCUAUCUGGAGGUAUACGAUGUCGUCGGGCAUAUAAUCUGGAGAAGGGUCCCGUACCGAGACCGAUUUAUCGGAGGAGAUAAGGGAGAAACCGACGCGUCGGAAGGACGGCACGAACGUUGCGUUUUUUUCAUCCUCCCACCGCCCGCCUCCUCUUUAUUAAAUGGACGAUAAACCAUGGAUGAUUCCCUGCGUCUAAGCCGGUUAUAUACGCGCAGCUUGUUCCUUCAUCCUGAACACAGAAAUCGCUCGUAUUAACUCCUACCUAUCCCACCCCGGAGUAGAAUGUCUUCUCCUCUCUUCCUUCCGCUUUCGCUUCCUCCCCGCCGCGCGCACACCACAACAUUUGGCACGCUCGCGACCGCUUACAAAUCUUCGCGAGGUAAUGCGUAUCGGCGUGAAACUGCACGGAAGGCAUCGCCGCGGAACCACGAUCCUUCUUAUUUCUCAUUGCGAGCGGAUUCGCCUGCCGAGUCCCGCCUGGUACGCUAAAUCGAGCCAAAUCGUAGGGAUCGAUGUCAGACGUGCUAAUAUUCCGCGCGAAAAUUAAUACUGUCGAUAUUCUUGGACGAAGUGCGCUCUUUGAAAGUUGUAGGAUUAAUAAUUUAUGGCGAUAAUCAUAGACGUUAAGUUUUAAUUUGAGUAACAGAAGCAGAGUAAACACAGUUUUUAUAUAGGCAUUUUUAUUGAUACUUUGUUUUUAAAUGUUUAAUUUUAAAUUGAUAUAGGACCCGAAGAAAUUUGUGAAAUGAAUGCGUAAAAUGCGUUAAUGGGUAAUUUUAUUUGCGAGAUUCGUGUAUAAAAUAUGACGUAGACAGGAUAAUUUUUUUGAGAAUAUUUUAUCUUUUGCGCCAAAAAUCCGUUUUUGUAAAUGGAUAGAUGAAAUAAAAGCUCGAUUUACUAUUGAUAGUUUGCCAAUAUCCCCAAAGAAGUUACAACGUUUCCAAUAUGAAGUUAAAGUUAUCUCAACAUAACUUAAGAUAGAAAUAAGAUAAAUAGAAAGAAAUAUUUUUGUUAAGUUAGAUUUUAAUUCUUUAGAUAUCUUAAUUUUAAGAUCUUUUACAAGUUAUCUACAUUAUUGUUUUUGGGCAUUAUAUUUUAGUUUAAUGUAAAUACUUGCUUUUAUCAAACAUAAUAAAUUGUUGCGUGAA